AUGGAUCUUGCCAUAUCCGCCGUGACAGGCGAUCUCGCCGGCCGAUUCAUCUCUUUCCUGGUGAACAAAUUCUCGGAUCAUCUGUGCUCGGAAGAGAAGGUGGAGAGGCUGCAGCAGCUCCUGCUGAGAGUCCACACGGUCGUCGAGGAGGCCGACGGACGAUACAUCACCAACUCAUGUAUGCUCAUACAGCUGAAGACGCUGUCGGCAGCCAUGUACCAAGGGUAUCAUGUGUUGGACAACAUUAGGAACCGGCAGCAUAAGGAAUCUUGCAAGGAAUUGGUGAGCGAUUCAUUUACCUUAUCUGUUUAUGCACCUCUCAAACGUUCUCGCACUACAACCGCCGGCACUAGUUCUUCUUCUUCCAUAAGCAAGGCCUUUAGCUCAGCGCUACAGAACGCGCUGCAAAACCUGGAAACUACGGUCGCUAACAUGGUGGAGUUCGUGGUGCUUUUGGGCGGAUGCGAGCGCAUCUCCCGCAGACCCUACGACGCAUAUCUGCAUGUCGACAACUUCAUGUUCGGCCGGCACGUCGAGAAGCAGCAGAUCCUGGGCUUCUUGCUGCGACAUGACGAGCCAACUCGUCGUCCGGCGGUGCUGCCGGUCACCGGAUGUCGUGGAGUCGGGAAGAAAACUCUUGUUGCGCACGUAUGCGCCGACGAGAGGGUGCGUUCUUACUUCGCUAGUAUUUUGCACCUAAAAGGAGACGGUCUUUCCAGAAUCACUGACCAUGAAAGGCUGCCAGGGAGGACGUUGGUAGUUGUCGAGUUUGUUUCUGGUGUAGAUGGUGACGACUGGACAGAAUUUUAUUCAUCUGUCAGGAGCAUGGGCAGAGGAAGCAAGGUGAUAAUAUUCGGUCGAGACGAAAAGCUCGAGAAACUUGGAACCGUCAAGCCGAUUUCUGUGAACUGCCUACCGUUCGAGGAGUACAGGUACCUGUUCAAGACACUCGCACUCGGAAGCUCAGACCCUGCAGACCAUCCGCGAUUAGCUGCGAUAGUGGAGGAGUUCGCCAUUCUGGUGGGAGGAUCACUCAUCUCAGCAAACUUAAUUGCACAUGCAAUGAGAAUGAAACAAGAUGCCCAUUUCUGGCUUUGCAAAUUGAACAACGUCAGGAUCAUAUUCAAGCUGAACAUGUGUAGGUUUGGUCUCCAUCCAAAUGGGCUAUUCACACAAGGUCGUCCGGUACACCUCAUCAACGGCUACCGUUUGUCUCCUGGUGCUCCAUCGUGUGUUGUACCCUCUACUAGCAUUCCGAGCACUGUUUCGGUUAAGAAUUUGCCUAAAGUGAGAUGGGACUUCCUAGCAGAAGCGGAGCGUGUUGUUCCACCGAAGGGAGAUUUUGAGCUGACUUCAUGGGAGUCAAGGUUACCGCCUUACACUCGGUUUGUUCACCUGGUUCGGUAUGUUCCAAGUUGUGAGGACGAUAAGCCUGACACAUCAUUGUCAGGGAAGAAGCGUCCGGGUUUAUCUGUGUAGACUCAUGGCACAUAUGCCUACUUAGUUUGUAUUAGUAUCUUUUUAGAGCUUAUGGGUAAUGGUGUGCUAUUAUUGCUGUA